GCAGAGCUGCGGGAAAAGCGGCAAAACCCAAGAAGACGGGCCGCGCCCUAGGCCGUCUGCCCCCCUCGCGCCUCACCCCGCGCCUGGGCCGCCGCACGGCUCCUUGGGUCUCCAACCGCCGCCGACGAUGGUCACGUGCGCCGGAAACAGAGCCGGGUGAAAGCGGGCGAGCAGACCAGGGAGGGAGGGAGGGAGCCUUACCGCGAUGGCCGCCACUGCAGGCGGCGGCGCCGGCCCGUGCUUCUCGAUCCGGGGGUACGCGGCGCGGAUGCGGGCUGGCGCGGCGGACGAGGGCGGGAGGUGCUGGCCGCUCGGCGGGCGGCCGGAGUCGCUGCCGCCGAUGGAGGUGCGCCGGUUCCGGUGGUGGGCGGACGAGGCGGCGCUGGCGGACGAGAUGGACGACGGGGAGGAGGAGCGGAGGAAGGCGGCCAUGCGCCGGAAACGCUCCGUCGUCGAGCUCUUCGCCGCCGUGCCGCGGGUCUCCGGCGACGACGGGAGGAAGGUCAGGAGGAAGCUCGACAAGGGCAAGCAGGCGGCCGGGGUUCAGCCGAAGAAGGGGUUGAAGAAGGACAAGUCCCCGGCUGAGAUUGCUGCGAGGAAAAAGGGGAAAAGUGAAACCGUGAACGCUAUCUCACUUAGCAUUUCUCAAUUAUUUCAAGAUGCCCUACAAAAGAGGAAGCUCAAAAAAUCUCCUAGCAAGAAAAGGAAAAAUCAAGAGGUCUCAGUUUUACCUUACAAGAAAAAUAUUAACGGAAGCAAGAAAUCAGUUUUGUCUAAUCAGAAGGCUACGGAGAAUGGUUGUGAAGUUCAAACCAUUCUUAAGAAACACUUAGAAACAGGAGCGGGCACAUUUCUGAAAAACUCUGAUGUUAUGUGUCCGUCAAAGUCUUCUCUCAAAUCAAAACAUGUUACCUUUUCUGAUACAGAUAACAUAUGUGGGUUGACUGCCUCCCAAACUGAAGAUAACAGGGAGCAAUCACAGGUAGUGCAGGCAUCCCAGCAACCAUGCCAGAGAGAUAAUUCUCAGGUAGUCAAUGAUCAGCGCGAUACAGAAGAGCCACAGUUGGUGCAUCAACAUGUAGAUGCUUUAUUGGAGACUAUUGAGCAGGAUGGCAGCUCUUUAUCUGAGAAGGUAGGUUCAACUGGUGCCUCCCAUACUGUUCCACUUGCCAGACCUGUGUAUCUAAAUCAUUGCGUAGAGAUUUCUAAGAGGGACAACAGCAACCGUUUGAGCUCCAUGAGCUCAGCUGCCCUGCCUAGUCAAGGGCUUGCUCAAAAGUUUGCUGGUGUGGACUUCCGUUUGCCAGAAGGCCUAUAUCUUGGUAUUGGGCGUCAACUUGAAGAAAACCAUCAGAUGAUGCUAAGAGGACCAUCUGUUCCUGCUGGUUUAGCAGUCGACAAAAGACCAGAAUAUCUCAUGAGAACCCCGUUAUCACAACCUUACAGUUCUGGCCAUGCUGCUUCUCUCAAAGAAGCAUUGGAUAGGAAUAGAAGCACAAUUCUUCAGGAAAGGUUGAUUGCUAAUUGUCACAUGACAGAAGUUCAUCCUAGUGCUCUUAGAUCUGGUAAUGGCGCUGCGAGAAGUAUUAACACCUCAACAGGAUCAAACAAAUCAACAAAUGCACAAACUACAGUCUGUGUAUCUGCAUGCAGGAACAUGUACAGUGGCGGCUAUAUGGGUCUUCCUAUUAAUUCGCAUGGUGAAUUUGUCAGGGUGCAACCUGUUGGUACCCUUAAUCCUGAUGAGCUGCUUAAAGCACAAUGCUUGGGGAAGGAUUCUUUGCAUCCUUCAACAUCUCCAGCUUUCUUCACACCUAAUACUUCCUUGGAUUAUGCCCAUUUAAGAAUCAACCAUGAAGCCCCGCCAUUUUUUACAGUUGCUAAUUUUGGUAUUCAGCCAGACCCUCAUCUUAUCCCCACAGUGCCAACUGCAUCAAGUAUGGGUUUCAGACAGCGUCCAAUCUCUGAAAGAGUGGAAGUUCAUAACCAUGCAAUUCCCAGCAGCAUAUAUUCAUGCAGGAACCAGCAAGGGGGUUCAGAGCAAUAUUUGGGCGCUCGAUUCCUGGGACAUGAUGAUCAACUGCUGAAGUCACUUGAGAUGCAAAGCUAUUUCCCAAGACAGAACUAUCAGCAGAAUAUCCAACCUGCCGCUGAAACGACGAUGCGCCUAAUGGGCAAAACAGUUAGCCUUGGAACCGGCAUUGGGGGCUUAGAUAACUGUGGUCCAUGUUCUAGUAACCAAAUCAGAGCUGAACAUCGUUACUUUCCGGGGAUGUGUACACAAGUUUCUCCACAAUUGUUUCAUGAAGAUCCUGCUGCAACAUUUAGGAUUUUGAAUGGAGGAAGACUACCAUCUGACUAUGCAUCACAUUUUUCUUCUGUUACUGCAGCUGAGCAAGGGUCCGGUUUCAGCAAAAGCAACCAGAGUCAUCAAUCUCAACUAGCUGUGCCAAACAAGGUGUCUAUGCAACCGGUGAGCAGGUACACUGAGGUCAGGCUAGGGCAUCAGCGCCCAGCUGUGGCAAAUCAUCAAGUUCAGAGUACUGCUAAUCAUCCACAACCUGGUCCUGCGCACUGCAGACCUACAGCUAGUUUCGCAACAAAGUCAUCUUACGAUCCAUGGAACAAGUUCAAAAACAUUGCAGAAACAAGACCAGGGCCAUCUCAGUUCAGCUUUUCCCCUGGAAAAAAUAGCAGCAGCAUGACACAAAUGACCCCAAUAUCAAACAGUAUGUGUGCUUACUCUGUUCAGAGCACUGUUGCAUCAACAACUCAAACAAAGUUUACCUCGCUCCGUCCAUUGCCCCCUUCAAUGGUCUCUUCUCAUGUUUAUAGUAGUGAAGCUGCACGGCCUCAUGGAUCUACUGCAUUCCGUCCACUAGCCCCCCUGCCUCGUGAACCAGGCAAAAGUAAUGCUCCUGGUGGUGUGAUCUUUCAAGACAAGGGGAGCAUGAAACAGGCUCCUGUAGCAGCAUCAAGAUCAAGUCUUGAGAGUUCGAAGCAAAUCAACCGAAGUUUCAAAAGGCCAGCAGAAAAGGAUGAUAUGUUAUUGACAUUACCAAAGAAACCUUGCAUGGCAGUAGGAAAGGACCCAAAUCGGUCACCACUCCUGGUAGAAGUCUAUGGAUCCAGACCAGGCGGGCAACCCCGAGAUAUGCCAGUUCGUCUCAACGGACCUGAAAUGAUUCUUCGAGCUGUAACCAGUGAUGCAAAUACACGUUCGGCAUUGAUAGAUUCUUCCAGUACUGCAGGUACGAGACCUGUUAAGUUGCAAUCUGGAGCAAAGCACAUACUCCAGCCAUGUGCUAGUGCUAGCUUGGAGCAGGUAGAUUCCUUGCCUGCGCAUUCGGUCAUACAGCUUGAAGUGGAGAAUGAUGCCCACACAGUAGGCCCAUCGAAGAAGACCAUGGAUCCACGCUGAAAGCUCCAGAAUUUAACCGUUUCUGUGGUUCAUGCGAGUCUUUUCAUCGUCAUCGAACUGGCUAAUCCUGAAGAGACUUGGUAGAUGAUUUUAUGGGACGGAGCUAGCUUCUUGCAUCAGGUUUCUCCUGUAAAAUCGCUACUGUUGUUGUUGGAAUACGCUCUUGGCUUCUGCAUUUAGGUUAGAUUGUAGUUUUUCCAGCGCUGUGAACUGUACUAGCCACGCAAAGAGUCGUUCAAAUUAAAUUCGAUGCUGCUGAAUCAUAUUA